AUCUGAAGCGUUCGUCUUUUCAACAUGGUGGCUUCCCAGACUUCGGAACACACGUUCUCCGCCCCCUGGCAAACCGUGACGCUCGCCUGGUUCCUCCGCUACCCCAACCCCUUCUCAACCCACGUCCUCUCCUGCGACACCCUUUCCUCGACCCUCAACUCCAACGGUACCCUCUACACAGAACGUCUCAUCCGCAAACGCGCCGGACUGCUCCCCGCCUGGACACCCGCCACAAUCCGCAACCGCGUCAAAGCUUCCUGGGUCCUCGAAGAAUGCAUGGUGGACAGAGACCAGAAACUCAUGUGGACGCGGAGUAGGAAUAUCGACCACACCCGGUUUUGCCAUGUCGUGCAAUCCCAGGAGUGGGGCGCGAGCGCGAGGGGAACCGAGGGGACGGUGUGUCGAACGAAUGCCAAGUUUGUGAGCAAUUUCGCGAAUCGGUGGGGUGGGGUUUCGGAGAAGAUCGAGGAGUUUAUUUCAAAGGGGUUUGCCAAGAAUAUCAAGAAGAGUCGGGAGGGGUUGAACUAUGUCCUGGACGCGAUGAAAGAAGGAAGGAUGGCGAUUGGAAAUGCGAAGCUUGCGGCUGCAUGAGUGGACGUGUUACUUGUGUAGAUUGGUUUGCUCAUAAACGAUACCGACGAUGGUUAAGCGUGUACGAUGAAUGGUCUCAACAACCCUAUACUAUCCUCCCCGCGUACUCAAUCAAUCAAAUGCUUCCCCUUGAAAUACCUCCUCAAAUACACAACCUGCCACCAUCCCAAAGCAGUCAACAACCCCAUCAUCCCAAUCGCGAAAUACUUGACCCGCUCAUUCGUACUCUCAUUCGUGUCUCGCAACCUCU